AUGAUCGCAGGUGAAAAGUACCGACAGGCAGCCGCAUUUACAGUUGCAUGGCUCAAUGUCUUAGCUUGGCUAUUUGGAAGUUGCUCUUCAGUCAUUUAUCCUGCCCAGCUCACCAUGCAAUUAGCACAAGUGUAUAAUCCGAGUUAUACGCCCGAGCGGUGGCAAAUCUGGCUACUAUAUGUAGCUUUGCUUCUUAUCGGUAUGGUUGUCGUCAUUUAUGGUCACGCCUUUAUCGCCAGAGUCGAAAUCAUGCUAUGCUGCAGCUCCUUAUUGGCUGCCAGUAAGACUAAGGCGAGUGCAUGGUCAGUCUUCGCAAAAUGGGAAAACACUUCCGGCUGGCCCAACGGGUUUAGCUUCAUGUUAGAUGUUGGUCAAGGCAUGGGCAUGUAUGAGACACUAAUUCCUUCCUAUCUCGGUCGUCAAUACUUACAUGGGGAAUAG